CGAUCGGCGAUCGGCUGCUUCGUUGUAUUCUGAUGGCCGCCGUAUUUAGUUGAAAAUUCGUAAGACACGGCGGCAUUCACAGCACUAAAUUUUCACUUCACUAGUCUCUGGGAGAAUAUUUGAUUAGGUUAUUAUUUGUUCUUCUGGUGCAAUGCUCUGAUAUUAUCAAGAAGAGAGAAUGGAAGGCCUUCUUUGGAAAUGGACAAACUACUGGAAUGGCUGGCAAACUCGUUGGUUCGUGCUCGCCGACGACGGAACUUUAUCCUAUUACAACACAAAGGAGGAAAUGGGGCAGGGCUGCAAGGGUUCCAUGAAAGUGUCUGCCUGUGAAAUCAUCGUGCACCCUGUCGACUGUUCACGAAUGGACAUUGUUAUUCCUGGCGAGCAACACAUGUACCUCAAGGCGCCCAGUCCAUCUGAUCGACAGCGAUGGCUUGUUGCCCUGGGCAGCUGCAAAGCUUGCCUUAAUACUGCUGGACCUCGUAGAAAUUCAGGAUCAGACCUUGAGAAGCAAAUGGAGAAGGACUGGGAGCGCAGACAUGAAAAGCGAAACACUUCUCCAUCUUCACCAAGCAGCAGCCGGAGGGGCAGGUCUAGGGACCGCUCAUCAGAGCGAAGAAGAAGCCGACGCUCCUCCUCAAGGGAAAAACGCAGAGACCGAUCGCGGGGUAGAUCGAGGUCUCGAUCCAGGGACAGGUCUCGAGACAGAUCUAGGGACAGGUCGCGAGAUAAGCAUAGGUCGAGGAGUAGGGACAGGCACAGGGGAAGGGACAGGCGGGAAUCACGUAGGGAUAAGUUGGACAAAAAUGGCAGAUCGCCAUCACCGCCUUCGAUGGCCGCGGCCUUCGGAGAGGGUCACUCGACUGAAUUUUACAAGACUCAAGCACCCAACAACACCAUCCUUGUCAGAGGCCUGGCGACCACCUGCUCUGAAAAUGAUCUAAGGAGGGAGAUAAUGGCCACGGGACUGAUGCCAAAGGACAUCAGGCUCAUCCGAAAAAGAGAGACUGGCGAAUCCCGUGGCUUCGCCUUCCUCGAAUUUGCGUCUGUUAUGGAGGCUAAGCAGUGGAUGGAGUUGAAAGGUGGUACUCUGACCAUUUCUGGAGAUUCCUCGGCCGCAUUCAUGCAGUACAGUUUUCCUAAGAGCACCCAGACCAUGAAACAGAAUGCGCAGGACUGGUUCUGUUUGAAGUGCUCAGCGCACAACUUCAAACGGCGGGAUUUCUGCUUCAAAUGCAACGCGCCUAAAGCUGAGCAGGACAUAGGCGGAGAAGGCUUUGAUGAGGUCAGUCCGCACCCUACUUACACCUUGUUGCUAAGAGGCCUUGAUGUGCUCACCACCGAAGAAACUGUUCUGCAGUCGAUUCAGGGCCUCUCCGCCUCCAUCCCAAUUCGCAGCAUCAGGAUCGACCGGGACACUCUGACCAACACCUCCCGCGGCGUGUGUUACGUGGAGCUGAACUGCGUUCAAGAUGCUAUGGCGCUUCACUCUAAUCUGAUGGCAGCCGUGCCGCUCAUCAUUGAUGAAAAGACUAUCACUGUGUCCUACUGCAAGCUGCAGCAAAGAGCAACUCCUUCCUCAGUCAGCCAAAAACCGAUGAAGUACACUUCAGCCGAGAUAACUCAAAUGGCUGAGUACUCUGCUAAGAUUUAUGCGUCCAAUGAUGAAGAGCUCAAGUCGUUUAAAGAAUACUACAUGAAUUUCUUUGAGAAUGAGUUGAAGGAAGGCCGCACGCCUGUUCGGCAAGAUGCAUCUGCCAACGCAGCAGCCGCUGUUGCCCAAAACGCGUUGCAACAAUUGCACGCCAAGGAGGGGAAGAAAACGGUGCAGCUGCAGCAGCAGCAGCAAGCACCUGUACAGCAGCAACUGCCCCAAGUCCAGGAAAUGCAAAUGCAGCAGUUAAUGAGCCAGCAGGAGCUCAGUAGCAGUCGUUACCAGUAUGAUGAGACUUCUGGCUUCUACUACGACACGCAAACUGGAUUGUACUACGACCCAAACACCCAGUACUUUUACAACUCUCAGACUCAGCAGUAUGUUUAUUGGGAUCUCACUCAAAAUGCGUUCAUGCCUGUGCCAGGCACCGAGGAGAGAGACGACAACAAGAAAAAGAAAGACAAAACAAAAGUGGCAAAGAAAAUCGCCAAGGAUAUGGAGCGGUGGGCCAAAUCUCAAAACAGGAAAAAAGAGGCGCAGCAGAUGCAGCAGCAGGUUCCAGAAAUGUCUAUGAGCCAGAAGGCCAGCGUGGCUGACAUAGGGUUUGCAGUGCUCGAACGGCGAGAGACAAAUAACGAGAGUAGCGCCAGUCCUUUCAGUAACCGGGACGGCUCUCCAAAUGGUUCCAAGUCCGGAUUGGUUGCAGCAUAUGGAAACGAUAGUGACAGCGAGGAAGAGUCGGCCAGCUUCACUGACUGGAGCAAGAUGCUCUGUCUACUUUGCAAGCGACAGUUUGCCAACAAAGAAGCGCUGGUCAAGCACCAGCAACUGUCCUCGCUGCACAAAGAAAAUCUUGCCAAAUUGGGCCUCUCUGAUAUGUCCCAAAGUAUCGAGUAUAGAGACCGGGCUAAGGAGAGAAGGAAAAAGUUUGGUCAGCCUGAUGUGCCCAAUAAGCUAAAGGAGCGCUACUUGGAGGUAAAGGAAGCAGCGACGAGCAGCUCAAGACCGUAUGAGGAGCCUGUGAAGGCGAUUGGGAACGAUAACAUCGGCAGUAAAUUAUUGCAAAAAAUGGGCUGGAGCGAGGGAAUGGGGCUCGGGAAAACAAAUCAGGGUCGAACCGACAUAAUUGAGGCAAAAAUGAGAACGCCGUCUGUUGGGUUAGGUGCCAAAACGUAUGGGAUUGUGCCUGGCGAGAGUUCGUAUAAAGAAAGCGUUAAAAAGAUGGCGUAUAUGCGAUAUCAAGAGUUGACAGAACAAGAGAAACACUGAUUUUUUUCUCUUCCCCCAAUAGAGGCGGUGGUUUAUAAAGCAAUUGCCCCAUCACUUUUGUGCAUUUUCAUAGAUUCUUGUUGGAGAUUGUUACUUAUGUGUUGCAAAACAUCCUAAAAAAAAACCCAAACAAGUGUCCAAAAAAAGUUACUCUAGUUGAGUUUUAUUUCCAUAUGUGAGCUGUAAUUAGUUUGAAUUGUGAUCCGACUUUGCAUUUUCUGUCUCGAUAGUGCUAGAAUUGUAUCAGCGCGUUGUAAAAGAAGGGUAUUGGUGCUGCUGGCUUGUACACUUCACUUGGAAUAAAUAAAUUUUCAGUUCCUUCCUCUCACAA